CUCAGGUUCCUACGCUGUAUCCAAUCGUCUAUUGUUCGGACGGAUUCUGUGAGCUCACGGGAUUUUCAAGGGCUCAGAUUAUGCAGAAGGGAUGCGCCUGCAAAUUCCUUCACGGCCCGGAAACCAUGGACGAACAUAAAUCUCAGAUAGACAAAGCGCUGGAAUCCAAGAAUGAGCUCAAACUGGAAGUCAUUUUCUACAAGAAGAACGGAACCCCGUUCUGGUGCCUCCUCGAUAUCGUUCCCAUCAAAAAUGAGAAAAGGGAAGUCGUCCUGUUCCUCGCCUCGCACAAGGACAUCACACACACCAAAAUGGCCGAAAUGUCCGAAUGCGAGCUGUACGAUAGUGCGGCGGUUCUUGGAGCUCGAUUCCGAGGUGCUGACUCUUGCCUCCUUGCAGACGCAAACGGAAACCUCGACCCGGAAGCGCCUCCACCGAACAACGGACGUAGGAGAUCGCGGGCCGUCCUGUACCAACUUUCAGGCCACUACAAACAAGACAAGAUCAAAUCCAAGCUCAAACUGAACAACAAUCUUCUAAGUUCAACGCCGGCCCCAUUACCAGAGUACAAAACAGCAGCUGUGAAGAAGAGCCGCUUCAUCCUGUCCCAUUAUGGCAUGUUUAAGAGUUGCUGGGACUGGCUGAUACUCAUCGCAACUUUUUAUGUGGCAGUCGUCGUCCCCUACAACGCGAGUUUUAUGGACGACGACGGGGAACGACCUUCGGUGGCCGUAGACGUCGUCGUCGAAGCCCUAUUUUUUAUAGAUAUAAUAUUAAAUUUCCGAACGACUUACGUGAGCCGAAAGGGUGAGGUGGUGUCCGAUUGGAAAUCGAUUUCAGUCAAUUAUUUACGCACAUGGUUCAUCGUCGAUUUGCUAGCAGCUUUACCCUUCGACCUUCUUUACGCCAUUUACGGCUCUGAGUCAGGACCGGGAUCGACGUUCAGCAACCACAACAUCCACUUGAUAAAGCUCAUCAGAUUACUGCGCCUUGCGAGGCUUCUGCAGAAGAUGGACCGUUACUUCCAAUACAGCGCGAUGAUUUUAACGUUGCUAAUGCUGUCGUUCACAUUGGUUGCUCACUGGUUAGCCUGCAUUUGGUACGUGAUAGCCGAAAAGAAGAACGACGACGGAAGGGAUUUAGGUUGGAUCCACAGCUUGGCGGAUAAGCUGAAAUUACCAAUCGAGAACAUCUCGCACACGGACUCUUACGUGACCGCUCUGUACUUCACUUGUUCGAGCCUGACGAGCGUCGGUUUCGGCAACGUCAGCGCCAACACGAAAGAGGAAAAGAUCUUCAGCAUUUGCAUAAUGCUUAUCGGAGCCCUUAUGCAUGCGGUGGUCUUUGGAAAUGUGACUGCAAUCAUCCAGAGGAUGUACUCGAGGCGCUCCCUUUACCACACCAAAUGGCGGGAUUUGAAGGACUUCCUCACCCUCCAUCAAAUCCCUAAAGAACUUAAACACCGAAUGCAGGACUAUUUCCAGACGACGUGGUCGUUCAACCAUGGAAUUGAUAUUCACGAGACGCUGAAAGAGUUCCCGGAGGAGCUGAGAGGGGAUGUAUCCAUGCACCUGCAUCGAGAGAUCCUGCAGUUGCCAAUCUUCGAAUCGGCCUCACAGGGUUGCAUGAAACUGCUCUCCCUUCACAUCAGAACCAACUUCUGCGCCCCAGGUGAAUACCUGAUACAUAGAGGGGAUGCACUCAGUUCCAUCUACUACAUUUGUAACGGGUCAAUGGAGGUUGUCCAGAAUAACAUGGUUGUCGCUAUAUUAGGGAAGGGUGAUUUGGUUGGCAGUGAUAUUAAUAUGCAUCUGCAGCAUAACACGAACGGCCCUUCAAGCGGAGGCGGCGCAGGUGGUGCGAAUGACAUCAUAAUAAAAUCGAGCAGCGAUGUGAGAGCCCUGACCUAUUGCGAUCUGAAGUGCAUUCACAUCCUGGGACUCGUCGAGGUCCUUCGCCUCUACCCGGAAUAUCAACAGGAGUUUGCAAACGAUAUCCAGCACGAUCUCACCUUCAACGUUAGAGAAGGAUACGAAGCAGAGCAGGAAUCCGAGGGUAACGGAUUACCAUCCCUGACGUUGCCAUCAAUCAGCGAAGAUGAUGAAAACAUGCACGAAGACGGCGAAAACACGCCGUUAUCCCCGAACAGAUCACCUCUGCACGUCGCAUCGAACAGUCCGAGGCAUGCAAAAUUCAACUUAAAGAUGCAGGAAAUUCACGAGAAUCCCAGGAUCAGGCAGCGAAUCGGCGGAAUUGCUACCAGCAACUUGGCUUUGUUGAGGGAACGCGUGGAGCGGCAGAGGAGCGUGGUGAUGCCCAACAAAAGCAAAACUGGAUCCCUGGAAGACAUCGACAACGAGUUUAAAAACGACGUCGAAAGGUCGAACGAUGAAAAAUACGAUUCUCAUCUGAUGGCUCUACAUCAGGAUGUUGCUACACUCAGUGUUGAGGUGCGAAACGCCAUCCAAGCCCUUCAGGAAAUGACGACGCCGACUAAUGGGUCGUUGCAAUUUUCCGUGCAUUCGAACCCGAACAUCGCCCGUCUCCCUCAUCAGCAUCACUCGCAGAGCACAAUCCUCGCACGCAGCUCAUCGCAUCCACCCGAGAUGUUCUACUGGGAAGAACCACCAUCACCGAACGGCCACAUCCCAAGCAUAGCUUCUAUAUCGCACAAGGAAACCCAAACAGAUCCCACCGAGUACAUCCACAACUACAUCACGCAGAACUCGCGAAAAGUGCUGGAACUUUUGGGUCUCGAUCCGGACGUCGUCGCCGGAACCUUCUUCAAAUCGAAGAUCAAGAAGAGCCAAAGCACACCGCCGAAGAUCAACGCCAGUAGUGAUAACUGUGACAAACUAUGCCCGUUCUUCUGGGAUCCGCCCGAUAACGCGAAACUCAUCGAUUCCAGCCUAGAUAUUCAACUGCUCAAAUUCCAACAUAAACCCUCAGAAACGAAAACAAAGUCAAAUUAAGCGCAAACCAAGAACGUUCGUUGUUUACCACAAAUUGUUUUAAUUCUUAUGUUUGUUCAUGUACAAAGAGAACACGAGACGAACAAAUAAUAAUUUAAUUAUUUCGCGGUAUUAUAUAAUAUAUUAUACAUCGUCCUAAUGUUAAGCAUAUCAUUGUGAUUCUAUAUGAUAGUAGUGCCUAUCUAUUUCUUACUUAGUAUCAAAAUGUAUAAAAAAUACGAAAUACUUUGUCCUUGUACUCUGCAGAAAAAGAAGAAAAACGCAACA